CUUCGAGCCCCGGAGGCGCGCGGCGGGCCGGAAGUGGAUGCGGGGCUGCGGAGCGGGUCGAGGAUGAGCCUGCGUGCACCACACACCCCAGUGCUGACAUUGUGAGGUCCCCUUCGUGUCACCAACCCCAGCUGGUCCCCAGUCACUUUACUCCGCCAUCGCCUGACAUGCUCCUAUACUCCAGCACCGAGGACAAGCCACUUGAGGAAGAGAAGGUGGUCAGUUCCUUGCAGCCAACUCUGGCCUCUCAUUGCAGGAGGUACAUGAGAACUUUUGGGCACCUGCUGAGCCCGUGCUGAGCCCCCCGCAGCAUGCCUCCUCCCAGUGUACAGGCCAGCAGAGAGCCCCGAACCCGGGGCCGAGCACCCAGGGAGGAGGAAGCAUCCUCGGAGCGCUGGGACUGGUCUUGCCCGGAGACUCGCCGGCAGUUCGAGGAGGCCUUCUUCGGCCCGGAGGACUAUCUCCGCCAGGGCUCCGAGGACUGCCAGAAAUUCUGGGCCUUCUUUGAGCGCCUGCAGCGGUUUCACAGCCUCAAGCCAGCCUGCCAAGAGGAGCGAGACCCGGGGGGACCAACCAAGUCUCACGGCCCAGCAUUCGCUGACCUGCCCCUCAAGUAUGACGCCCGGUACCGCAUCAACCUGUCGGUCCUGGGCCCCGACAUCCGGGGCUCUCGGGGUCCAGGGGGGCAGCUGCCCCGUGCCCGGGUGUCGGAGUUCCGCCGGGCCCUGGCACACUACCUGGAUUUCGGGCAGAAGCAGGCUUUUGGGCGGCUGGCCAAGCUGCAGCGGGAGCGAGCGGCCCUGCCCAUUGCCCAGUAUGGCCAGCGCCUCCUGCAGACACUGAGGGAGCACCAGGUGGUGGUGGUGGCAGGGGACACGGGCUGUGGCAAGUCCACGCAGGUGCCUCAGUACCUGCUGGCCGCGGGCUUCAGCCAUGUGGCAUGCACACAGCCCCGACGGAUCGCCUGCAUCUCGCUGGCCAAGCGUGUGGGCUUCGAGAGCCUCAGCCAGUAUGGCUCCCGGGUUGGCUACCAGAUCCGCUUCGAGAGCUCGCGCUCAGCGGCCACCAAGAUCGUCUUCCUGACGGUGGGGCUGUUGUUGCGGCAGCUGCAGCGUGAGCCGGGGCUGCCCCAGUACCAGGCGCUGAUCGUGGACGAGGUGCACGAACGUCACCUGCACAGCGACUUCCUGCUGGGCCUGCUGCGGGGGCUGCUGCCACGCAGGCCCGACCUCAAAGUGGUCCUCAUGUCAGCCACUAUCAACAUAGCUCUCUUCACCGGCUACUUCGGGGGUGCCCCUGUGGUGCAGGUGCCCGGCCGGCUCUUCCCCAUCACGGUCAUUUACCAGCCACAGGAGACUGAGGCGGCCGCGACCUCAUCCAAGACAGAGAAACUGGACCCGCGGCCCUACCUGCGGGUGCUGGAGACCAUUGAUCACAAAUACCCACCAGAAGAGCGAGGUGAUCUCCUGGUGUUCCUCAGCGGCCUGGCCGAGAUCAGCGCCGUGCUGGAGGCGGUCCAGACCUAUGCGGCCCACACGCAGCGCUGGGUGGUUCUGCCUCUGCACAGUACCCUGGCUGUGGCCGAUCAGGACAAGGUGUUCGACGUGGCACCCCCUGGAGUCCGGAAGUGCAUCUUAUCCACCAACAUUGCCGAGACCUCGGUCACCAUCGAUGGCAUCCGCUUCGUGGUGGAUUCUGGGAAGGUGAAGGAGAUGAGCUACGACCCGCAGGCCAAGCUGCAGCGGCUGCAGGAGUUCUGGAUCAGCCAGGCCAGUGCCGAGCAGCGCAAAGGCCGAGCUGGCCGCACGGGGCCCGGCGUCUGCUUCCGCCUCUACGCUGAGUCCGACUAUGACGCCUUCGCACCCUACCCGAUCCCCGAGAUUCGCAGGGUUGCCCUGGACUCGUUGGUGCUGCAGAUGAAGAGCAUGAGCGUGGGGGAUCCCCGAACCUUCCCUUUCAUCGAGCCACCCCCGCAGGCCAGCCUGGAGACGGCAAUUCUGUACCUCCGGGACCAGGGUGCUCUGGACAGCUCUGAGGCCCUCACCCCCAUUGGGUCCCUGCUGGCCCAGCUGCCCGUGGAUGUAGUCAUUGGGAAGAUGCUCAUCCUGGGGUCCCUGUUCAGCCUGGCAGAGCCUGUGCUCACCAUCGCCGCUGCCCUCAGCGUCCAGUCCCCCUUCACCCGCAGCGCCCAGAACAACCCCGAGUGUGCAGGUGCUCGGCGGUCCCUGGAGAGCGACCAGGGCGACCCCUUCACACUCUUCAACAUCUUCAACGCCUGGGUGCAGGUGAAAUCCGAACGGGGCAGCAACUCUCGCAAGUGGUGCCGCCGGCGAGGCAUCGAGGAGCACCGGCUGUACGAGAUGGCCAACCUGCGGCGGCAGUUCAAGGAGCUGCUGGAGGACCACGGGCUGCUGGCAGGGGUGCGGGUCCCAGCGCCGGGGGACAGCCACAGCCGCCUGCGGGCUCGCCAGGAGCGCCGGGCCCUGCACCAACUGCGGCGGCAGCACGAGGAGGGCGCGGGCCGGCGGCGGAAGGUGCUGCGGCUGGAGGAGGGCCUGGCGGGCUCCAGCGACGAGGACCCGGACGGCAGCCCCGGCCCGGGCACCCGCCGCAGCGUGGACAUCCAGGACGUGAAGUUCAAGCUGCGACACAACCUGGAGCAGCUGCAGGCGGCCGCCAGCUCGGCCGAGACGCUGACAAGGGAACAGCUGGCCCUGCUGAAGCUGGUGCUGGCCCGAGGCCUCUACCCACAGCUGGCCGUCCCCGACCCCCUCAACAGCGGCCGGAAAGACUCGGAUCAGAUCUUCCACACGCACGCCAAGCAGGGUACCGUGCUGCACCCCACCUGUGUCUUUGCCAACAGCCCUGAGGUGCUGCACCCCCGGGAGCCGGAAACUGUGGCCGAGGGGAGCCGAGACGACAGGGCGAGGCUUCGCCUCGGGCACCAGCUCGUGGCCUUUGUGUCCCUGCUGGAGACCACCAAGCCGUACCUGGUCAACUGCGUUCGAGUACCCGCACUGCAGUCCCUCCUGCUGUUCAGCCGCUCCCUGGACACCAAUGGCGACUGCUCCCGCCUGGUGGCUGAUGGCUGGUUGCAGCUGCAGCUCCCAGACCCCGAAAGCGCCGUUCGGCUCCUGGCAGCCUCCCUGCGACUCCGGGAUCACUGGGAAAAGGCCCUGAACCGGCAGCUGGUCCGCCAGGCCCGGGGUCGGCGGCGGUAUAAGGACUCCAGCGACGAGGAUGAAGAGGAUGACGAAGAGGGGCCCGUGAACCGCAGGGAGGUGGCGGCCCUGAGCCGGGAGCUGCUGCAGUUCGUGGCCUCCAAGGUUCCCUACAGCCUCCGUCGGCUCACAGGGCUGGAAGCCCAGAACCUAUACGUGGGGCCCCAGACCAUCACAACGGCCCCGAGUCUCCCCAGCCUGUUCGGCAGCUCCCCCCUGACCCCCCACCCCACCAAAGGGGGCUACGUGGUUACGGACUUUCUCACCUACAACUGCCUGGCAAGCGACACGGACCUGUAUAGCGACUGUCUCCGCACCUUCUGGACCUGCCCGCACUGCUCCCUGCACGCACCCCUCACACCGCUGGAGCGCAUGGCCCAUGAGAACAGCUGCCCUGCCAUGCCCACAGACACCCAAGACGCUGAGGAGGCGACCCCCGAGCCCCCACAGAAGACAUCUGCUCUGCAGAGGCCCUUCCACUGUGAUAUCUGCCAGCAGCAUUUCCUGUUCUCGCCCACUGAGGCCCUGAAGCAUCGCCGGCAGCACCAGUGACCUGCAGGGUCGGGGCUUCUGUGCCCCCC